GGAAGGAAUUUUUUCAUUCCAAAAGUCAGAUAGUUGUUUACUGUAUUUACUUGACAUCUGAAGGGAGGGUGUUCCACAGGGAGGGUGCCACCACAGAGAAGACCCUCUGCAUAGCCCUAUGAAUGUGGCAAGCCAAAUUAUUUCGAAAAGUCUUUUUGAAAUGAUUCAUCCUGGGUGGUAUCAAAGAACUGUGCACUUCAAGCAGCUUCCACGCAAGAUAGGCAAUCCAAGCCAGAUACGGAGGGAAACAAGAAAUAAAUGCAGCAAGGAUAAUGAAGCCCAACCAGAGAGAGAGAGAGAGAGCUCUCAUGGAAGACUAACAAAUUAAGAAAAAAUAUGUGUGGCCACACAGGACUUGCAUCCAAUUUCUAGGUGGACUCAGCACAGGUCCCACUAGUAUAAAGGUAAAGGGACCCCUGACCAUUAGGUCCAGUCGCGGAUGACUCGGGGGUUUGCGGCGCUCAUCUCGCAUACAGCAUGACUAAGCCGCUUCUGGCGAACCAGAGCAGCGCAUGGAAACGCCAUUUACCUUCCCGCCACAGCGAUGGACCAGUCGUCCCCAACCUACAUGAUUGCCAACUUGACCCCUUUGCACUCGGAACAACUCCUGCAGGGCUUGAACCUCCUCCGGCAGCACCAUGAGCUGUGCGAUAUCAUCCUUCGCGUUGGAGACGUCAAGAUCCACGCCCACAAAGUGGUGCUCGCCAGCAUCAGCCCGUACUUCAAAGCCAUGUUUGGCGGCAACCUCUCAGAGAAAGAGAACUCUGAGGUGGAAUUCCAGUGCAUCGCCGAGGCUGCCCUGCAGGCCAUAGUGGAAUACGCCUACACAGGGACCGUCUUCAUCUCUCAGGACACGGUGGAGUCCCUGCUGCCUGCUGCCAACCUCCUGCAGAUCAAGCUGGUGCUGAAGGAAUGCUGCACGUUCUUGGAAAGCCAGCUGGACCCUGGAAACUGCAUUGGGAUCUCCCGCUUUGCGGAGAUGUACGGCUGCCACGACCUCUACUUGGCCGCCAACAAAUACAUUUGCCAGAACUUUGAAGAUGUUUGCCAGACGGAAGAGUUUUUUGAACUGACUCAUUCCGAGCUGGACGAAAUAGUUUCCAAUGACUGCCUGAAUGUGGCCACCGAGGAGAUGGUCUUCUACGCGCUGGAAUCCUGGAUCAAGUAUGACGUGCAGGAACGUCAGCAGUACCUGGCCCAGCUCCUCCACUGCGUGCGGCUGCCUCUGCUGAGCGUUAAGUUCCUCACCAGGCUGUACGAAGCCAACCAUCUCAUUCGCGAUGACCACACCUGCAAGCACCUGCUAAAUGAAGCCCUGAAGUACCACUUCAUGCCUGAGCACAGGCUGUCGUACCAGACGGUGCUCACCACACGCCCCCGCUGCUCUCCUAAAGUCAUCUGCGCCGUGGGAGGGAAGGCUGGACUCUUUGCUUGCUUGGAGAGCGUUGAGAUGUACUUCCCUCAGAACGACUCCUGGAUAGGCCUGGCCCCUUUGAGCGUCCCUCGCUAUGAGUUCGGAAUCUGCGUCCUUGACCAGAAAAUCUACGUCAUAGGAGGGAUCGCAACCCACAUGUGCCAAGGAAUCAACUAUCGGAAGCACGAGAGCUCCGUGGAGUGCUGGGACCCCGACACAAACACCUGGACGUCCCUCGAGAGCAUGAACGAGAGCCGCAGCACCCUGGGGGUGGCGGUUCUGUCACGAGAAAUCUACGCCUUGGGGGGCUACGAUGGGCAGUCCUACCUGCAGUCUGUGGAGAAGUACAUUCCCAAGGUGAAGGAGUGGCAGCCUGUGGCGCCGAUGAGCAAAACCAGGAGCUGCUUUGCCGCAGCCAUUCUGGAUGGAAUGAUCUACGCCAUUGGAGGUUACGGCCCCGCUCAUAUGAACAGCGUGGAACGUUACGAUCCCAGCAAGGACUCCUGGGAGCCAGUCGCUCCGAUGGCGGACAAAAGAAUAAACUUUGGCGUUGGGGUUAUGCUGGGCUUUAUUUUCGUGGUCGGAGGGCACAACGGUGUCUCCCACUUGUCCAGCAUUGAGCGAUACGACCCUCAUCAAAACCAGUGGACUGUUUGCCAGCCGAUGAAGGAACCCCGAACAGGAGUUGGCGCGGCUGUAAUUGACACCUACCUUUAUGUAGUUGGCGGACACUCAGGGUCGUCCUACCUGAACACUGUACAGAAAUACGACCCCAUAUCGGAUAGCUGGCUGGACACGGCUGGCAUGAUGUACUGCCGGUGCAAUUUUGGCUUGACGGCGCUAUGAAGUGGGAGCACUUGAGGAUGCAACUGGCACAGACUGUGGAGUCCGGAAGCUGCACUUCCUGGAGCCGGGAGGAAGGGGGGAAAGCUCAAAUGAAAUGCAGACAGGUUAACGAGAAUUGUUCCUGGUUAUUGCUGAUCACAAAGAAGCGAAGGGCGGAAAAAAAAUGGAGCCAUGUUCCUGGCAGGGACUCAGGCUGCAUACUGUCAUUAACAUGAAAAUAAUUCAUCUCGAUGCAAGAAUCACUGUGUUGCCUGAAGUAGGCGUAGAAACUCCCUGACUCAUGGAGCUUUGUCCUCUUUCUCCUCCUCCUCCUCUGACUGACGUAGUUAACCUUGGUGAAGACUGCCUGGUUGAUGUCUGGCUUCAUCUUUGCAGCGAGAGACCAUCAUUGCUUCACAAUUUUUUUAUGAACAGUUAACUAAAGGGCUGCCUCUCCCCCCAUCCCCCUUUACUCCGGGUUUGUAAAUAACUGAUGCGGUCGUCAUCUGUUUGCCUGCACUUAGUAUCCACUCCCUGUUGUUUUUCUUAACUUGCUUGUGUGGAUUUGGCGAGUGGACGAGCCGGUGGCUCUCUUAAGUUGAUAAGCUGAAUGCCUUUUUAGCCCUCCACUUUUUGGAGUUGCCUACCUGUCUAAAACCUGUAACCCUUCUCCUUAUCUGAAUGAAAGGAUCAACAGCUUUCAAGCCUGUCACAGAUAGCAGUUCAGACAGCAAACCCUUCCCACACCUCUUGGGUUGUUUGUGUGUGUGUGUGUGCGUUUUUAUCAUGUUUAAUCAGUUUUGCAGCAUGUGUGUAAAAAUA